GCCGCAGGACGCAGGAAAGCCAGCUAGCGAGUAGUGGCGGCGGCGGUGGCGGCCGUGGUGGCAGUUCGCGACGAGGGUGACGGCUCCGAGGCCGAGUGGCGGUGCGGCGGAGACCUGGGUGCCUUCCUCCGUGUGAUCCCGGUGUGAUCAGCCUUUGUACCUUCUCCACAUCUGAAGAUGGUGAAGCUGGAUAUUCAUACUUUGGCCCAUCACCUUAAGCAGGAACGCUUAUAUGUGAACUCUGAGAAACAGCUCAUUCAGAGGCUCAAUGCAGAUGUACUUAAGACAGCCGAAAAGUUGUAUCGUACAGCAUGGAUUGCUAAGCAACAGAGAAUUAAUUUGGAUCGGCUAAUCAUAACCAGUGCUGAAGCUUCCCCUGCUGAAUGUUGCCAACAUGCCAAGAUUUUGGAAGAUACACAGUUUGUUGAUGGAUAUAAGCAAUUGGGAUUUCAGGAGACUGCUUAUGGAGAAUUCUUGAGUCGGUUAAGGGAGAAUCCUCGUCUUAUUGCCUCCUCUUUGGUUGCUGGGGAGAAACUUAAUCAGGAGAACACACAAAGUGUUAUUUACACAGUUUUUACCUCCCUCUAUGGCAACUGCAUUAUGCAAGAAGAUGAAAGCUACCUCCUUCAGGUUUUGAGAUACUUGAUUGAAUUUGAACUUAAAGAAAGUGACAACCCCAGGCGACUUUUGAGGAGAGGAACUUGUGCCUUCAGCAUCUUAUUUAAACUUUUUUCUGAAGGACUGUUUUCCGCCAAACUUUUCCUCACAGCUACUUUACAUGAGCCAAUCAUGCAACUGCUUGUUGAAGAUGAAGAUCACCUGGAAACAGAUCCAAACAAGCUAAUUGAUAGGUUCUCCCCAUUACAACAGGAAAAACUCUUUGGAGAGAAAGGCUCAGAUAGAUUCAGGCAAAAGGUUCAAGAGAUGGUGGAUUCCAAUGAGGCCAAACUGGUGGCUCUGGUGAACAAGUUUAUUGGUUAUCUGAAACAGAACACGUACUGCUUUCCACAUAGUUUGAGGUGGAUUGUGUCACAGAUGUACAAAACCCUCUCCUGUGUAGAUAGACUGGAAGUUGGGGAGGUCAGGGCAAUGUGUACUGAUCUCCUGUUGGCCUGCUUCAUUUGUCCUGCAGUUGUCAAUCCAGAACAGUAUGGAAUAAUUUCUGAUGCUCCUAUUAAUGAGGUGGCAAGAUUUAAUCUGAUGCAGAGCUGUGUUGCUGCUUUUCUUGAUGUUGUGAUUGGGGGCCGUGCAGUGGAGACCCCUCCAAUGUCCUCCGUUAAUCUUCUGGAAGGAUUGAGCAGAACUGUGGUUUAUAUAACCUAUAGUCAGCUUAUUACUCUGGUGAAUUUUAUGAAGAGUGUGAUGUCUGGAGAUCAACUGAGAGAAGAUAGGAUGGCUCUUGACAAUUUAUUGGCAAACCUGCCCCAGGCAAAGCCAGGAAAAAGCAGCAGUUUGGAAAUGACUCCCUAUAAUACUCCUCAGCUGUCUCCAGCAACCACUCCAGCAAAUAAAAAGAAUCGAUUGCCUAUAGCAACUCGAAGUAGAAGCCGCACCAAUGUGCUAAUGGACUUACAUAUGGACCAUGAAGGGUCAUCUCAAGAAACCAUCCAGGAAGUACAGCCAGAAGAGGUUUUGGUCAUUUCCUUAGGGACAGGUCCCCAACUCACUCCAGGGAUGAUGUCGGAAAAUGAGGUCCUAAACAUGCAACUUUCAGAUGGAGGACAAGGAGAUGUCCCUGUCGAUGAAAACAAACUCCACGGUAAACCUGAUAAAACCUUGCGCUUUUCCCUCUGCAGUGAUAAUCUGGAAGGAAUAUCUGAAGGUGAAGGGUUACUUCAUUCAAAGAGUUGUGUGAUUCAAUGCAUAAUUUUGUUUCUGAUAGCUACAACACAAGAUAAUCUUGAUGAUAAGUUAAGGAAGUUUGAAAUACGUGACAUGAUGGGAUUGACAGAUGACAGAGAUAUAUCAGAAACAGUGAGUGAGACCUGGAGUACAGAUGUCUUGGGAAGUGAUUUCGACCCUAACAUUGAUGAAGAUCGCUUACAAGAAAUUGCAGGUGCAGCAGCAGAGAACAUGUUAGGCAGUUUACUGUGCCUGCCAGGUUCAGGGUCAGUGCUUCUUGACCCCUGCACUGGUUCUACCAUAUCAGAGACAACAAGCGAAGCUUGGAGUGUAGAGGUAUUGCCAAGUGACUCAGAGGCCCCGGAUCUAAAGCAGGAGGAGCGUCUACAAGAGCUGGAGAGCUGUUCGGGACUAGGUAGCACAUCUGAUGAUACGGAUGUCAGGGAGGUCAGUUCCCGCCCCAGCACACCAGGCCUCAGUGUUGUGUCGGGCAUUAGUGCAACCUCUGAGGAUAUUCCCAAUAAGAUUGAAGACCUGAGAUCUGAGUGCAGCUCUGAUUUUGGGGGUAAAGAUUCUGUCACUAGUCCAGACAUGGAUGAAGUAACUCAUGGCGCCCACCAACUGACCUCUCCUCCUUCUCAGUCAGAGUCUCUACUUGCCAUGUUUGAUCCACUGUCUUCACAUGAAGGGGCGUCUGCAGUGGUAAGGCCAAAGGUUCACUAUGCCAGGCCAUCGCAUCCACCACCAGAUCCCCCAAUCCUGGAAGGAGCUGUGGGAGGAAAUGAGGCCAGGUUGCCAAACUUUGGUUCCCAUGUUUUGACUCCAGCUGAAAUGGAGGCAUUCAAGCAAAGGCAUUCUUACCCUGAGAGAUUAGUUCGCAGCAGGAGCUCUGAUAUAGUAUCAUCUGUCCGGCGACCAAUGAGUGACCCCAGCUGGAACCGUCGUCCAGGGAUUGAAGAGCGAGAACUCCCUCCAGCCGCAGCCAUUGGUGCUACUUCUUUGGUGGCUGCACCUCAUUCAUCAUCUUCCUCCCCGAGUAAGGACUCCUCAAGAGGAGAGACUGAAGAACGCAAAGAUAGCGAUGAUGAGAAAUCAGACAGGAACAGACCUUGGUGGAGAAAACGUUUUGUUUCUGCCAUGCCUAAAGCUCCUAUACCAUUUAGAAAGAAAGAAAAACAAGAAAAAGACAAAGAUGAUGUGGGGCCUGACAGAUUCUCAACACUCACAGAUGAUCCCAGCCCUAGACUCAGUGCACAAGCUCAGGUCGCUGAGGAUAUUCUGGACAAAUACAGGAAUGCCAUUAAGCGAACCAGCCCCAGUGAAGGAGCAAUGGCAAACUAUGAAAGUACAGAGGUCAUGGGUGAUGGUGAGAGUGCACAUGACUCUCCUCGAGAGGAAACGCUGCAGAACAUCUCGGCCGAUGAUCUCCCGGACUCUGCGAGCCAGGCGGCCCACCCUCAGGAUUCUGCUUUCUCGUACAGAGAUGCAAAAAAGAAACUGAGGCUUGCUCUUUGCUCUGCGGAUUCUGUUGCUUUCCCAGUGCUAACCCAUUCAACAAGGAAUGGUUUACCGGACCAUACAGACCCAGAGGACAAUGAAAUUGUAUGCUUCUUAAAAGUUCAAAUAGCUGAAGCAAUUAAUUUACAAGAUAAGAACUUAAUGGCUCAGCUUCAAGAAACAAUGCGUUGCGUGUGCCGCUUUGAUAACAGAACUUGCAGGAAACUGCUGGCCUCUAUUGCCGAGGACUACAGGAAAAGGGCGCCCUAUAUUGCUUAUCUCACUCGCUGUCGGCAAGGGCUGCAGACCACGCAGGCCCACCUGGAGAGGCUACUGCAGAGGGUGUUGCGGGACAAAGAGGUGGCCAAUCGAUACUUCACCACUGUCUGUGUGAGGUUGCUGCUUGAGAGCAAAGAAAAGAAGAUCAGGGAAUUCAUUCACGACUUUCAGCAACUCACAGCAGCUGAUGAUAAAACUGCUCAGGUAGAAGAUUUUCUGCAGUUCCUUUAUGGUGCGAUGGCCCAGGAUGUCAUAUGGCAGAAUGCGAGUGAAGAGCAGCUUCAGGACGCUCAGCUGGCCAUCGAACGGAGUGUGAUGAAUCGGAUUUUCAAGCUUGCUUUCUACCCUAACCAGGAUGGGGACAUACUUCGUGACCAGGUUCUUCAUGAACAUAUUCAGAGAUUGUCUAAAGUAGUGACUGCAAAUCACAGAGCUCUUCAGAUACCGGAGGUUUAUCUUCGGGAGGCCCCAUGGCCAUCUGCACAGUCGGAAAUCAGGACAAUAAGUGCUUACAAGACCCCUCGGGACAAAGUGCAGUGCAUUUUGCGAAUGUGCUCCACCAUCAUGAACCUCCUGAGCCUGGCCAAUGAGGACUCCGUCCCCGGAGCAGAUGACUUUGUCCCUGUUUUGGUAUUUGUGUUGAUAAAGGCAAAUCCGCCCUGCUUGCUGUCCACUGUCCAGUAUAUCAGUAGCUUUUAUGCCAGCUGUCUGUCUGGGGAGGAAUCCUAUUGGUGGAUGCAGUUCACAGCAGCAGUGGAGUUCAUUAAAACUAUCGACGACCGAAAGUGACCAAGACCAAGGCCCACCAAGGCCGCAGACUGUUAGGCGGGCAAACAGAUCUCUUAGAAAAUGUACCAGCUACUUGGAAGGCUGAAGAUUGUUUUUGUAUAAUAUUGUACAGCAUUCAGACAUUUUAAAACAGAUCUUUACUAAACAGAUUAAUGAGCUAACAAGCAGGUUCUCUUUUCUUUGGGCUCUUUUCCUUUCUGUUGCGUAUUUGGUUAUUUUCUUGUCCCAAGUGGAGAAUUAGUACUGCAAAAAGGGACCACAUUUUUCAGGUAUUUUGAAAUAUUAAAAAACAGAACAAAAUCUAGAAAAUUCCUAGAUCUCCAUUCAUGGAUACCCAUUCUUUCCUUUUAUUUAAAAAAAUAAAAAGAACAGUACACCUCUUUUUAGAUGCUGUCUAAUCUUACAGGCAUCUAAUGGAAGGAGAAUUCCAGCUGCACUGAGAAUUAGAACGGUGGUGACAUCAGUGGCAUUAUCUAUAGAUACACUCACCUCGAUUGAAAAGCUAAGAAGGAAAUGUAAAUAUAAUAUAUAUUUAUAUUUGAUGUAAUAUGGACAUCUUCAGAUUCUAAUAAACAAGGAAUAUUGCUGAUAGUAGGUUGUGAUGUACCCUCUUGUGAAAUGGUUUCCUGGACAAAGUUUAAGCUGAGCUUAAAAGCAACAAGUACACAGAAAUAUUAAUUAAAGUGGAAAACAGUUUCUUGAACUUUCUAGGUGUGGAGUUUGAUGCACAAGGCUGCCUUUGAUGAGGGGUAUAACAAUCACUUAGACAUUCCUCACCACAGACGUCUUCGAGCCUGCAGGAGGAAGGAGGUAGACCCUUUAAUCGCCAUGCAUUGCGUACAAAGGAAUGAUAGACACCUGAUACGUUACUGUGGUUCUUAUCUGAAAUACUGAACACAGUGUAGAAACCCCAAACAGAACUCCUUUUAAACCUUCGAUUGUAAUAUAUUUUUGAUGAUUAUUCACAUUGAAUGACAGACCAGGAAUUCAGUGAAUGUCAUUUUUUUUAAAAACUAAUUUGUAUUGUCUGCUCUAGUGAUACAAGUUUUACUAGUGAUAAACUAUUUUAAUCAACCAUAUUAUUCUUAUGGAAAAAAGUCUAUUUUGGCAGGUUUCUGUGCCUUUAUUUCCCUCUUCUGAACAAAAGUCUAUGUUUCAGUAUUUUGGUUUGAUUGUAUAUUGAUAAUCAGGAGUGGGUUUUGGUGUCUGAGAAAUUGGCCAAGGAGGCACACCAAAGCUUCAAGCACAAGUCUCGUACCUAAGUCAUGACUGACUGGUUUCACUUUGUAUGUUUCCUAAACAUGGUGAGCUGCUUUUAUAACACACUUGGCCCCAUACUUUGAGUCGCUUGUUGCAGGCAGCAUUUCUAGGCGUUUUUAAGGGAACUGUGACAAACAACCUUGAGCAGAUGAAUACAGAGGCUGUCUUCUCUCCAAGACCUCUGUGUUUAAUUGUGCCUAAAGAGGCUGGAUUUUCUUUAUGCCUCCACCUCUUCUCAUUCAUUUAUUUUAAAAUACCAAAAUGACAAGUUGCAUAGGAGUGUGGGAUGUGGUUUCUGCCUUUUAGGGAGAGAUCAGAAUUAAACUAGUACUACAAAAUGUCCUUUGGGAUGUUAGGUCAAGCAAUCUGUGUAGAGUCCUGCGCUUCAGGGGCUGUAACUGUCAAACUUGCCUGCGUAUUAGAUUGUCCAAUCCUAUCCUAAACACUUUACGAGACGAACAGUCUGACACGAUUUCUAAGACCCGAGGGGGAGUCCAUUUACUUCAGCAUUUGAUUCAAUAAAUGUUAAGUCAGUAGAAGACUCGGAAUAGUUGGAAUGCAUUAUUACGGGAUUUCAUAGAGAUUUUUUUCUCCAAAUGGUUCUCCAUCUCUGCUGUGUUAUCACUGUGGAAAUAAAUGCGAAGCUGUGGACGUGGCACAGGGCUCUUUCCUGGGGAGGAGAAGGUGGUGAGUUGGGGGAUUUCGGGCUGCGCUGGAGGCAGGAGGUAAGGGCCGAGCAGCGCUAGAGCCAGUGGUGAGGGUAGAAGCCCACAGACCUGGCACCAGACGACGCCGGAGACAGGCGGGGGCGUGGGUCUCGCCUCACGUGCGGCAGCACAGCCCCGCUGUUUAAGGAGCAGUGAAGUUUCCCGCUGGAAACCCGGUUAGGAGCACGGACAAACCAGCAUUCCCCAUUGCCGGUUUCAUGUGGCAUCAUGACUUGUUACGGUGCCAGUCUCCGAAUUGAGGAAUUGGUAACGCAUGGCCGUGGUAGGGCGUGAGACAGCCAGUGAUUGGAUUUCGCUCCUUCAGGAAGGAGGAACGGUUGUUCCUCGGUUCUUACCACACUUCCUCCCAGUACCUGUUUUGUAUGAAGGAUUAGUGCAAAAGUGUAAAAUCACCCACAGGAGACAUUCAGUAGCCAUUGAUUAUUACAUGGAAUUUGCAACGAUAAUGUUAAAUGGAGAGAGAGUGGCUCAGUUCACUGAAAUCUUACGCAGUUAACUUCUCAAAUGAGAAAUGAGUUUGUGUUUUGUGUUAAUAUUCUGCUUCUGGAGACGGUUAGGUAAUAGGAAUACAGACUGAAGAUUGUGUUUCCUUGUGAAAUUGUUUUUUUUUAAAACCUGGUUAACGUUUUGUUUGCUUUCUCCACUUUAGUUCACAUCUCAGCCACAGUAAUUGCUUUCUUCUGAUUUUUCUUUUAAAAACCUGCUGAUGAAAGCCUUUUUUAAAUACAGAUAUUAAAUCGCUGUAGUAAGAGAAUUAGGCUUUGUGAGGGAUUGAGAAUAGACGUGUUGCAUGGUUUUUCUUUUCCUGUUGUGUCCUGGAAGCCUUUGUUUAACAUGGACUUUCAGUAUACGUGUUGCUGAGGUGCAUGAGCAAGAGAACAGAAACCGGGCCCAGACAGUGGCCAGGCUGUGCUGAGACCGUGUAGCCGACUGUGCAUGCCCAUCCAGCACCUCUGUCGAGUUGCCUGCCGUGGGGAUUCCAGUUUGGGCCAAGUAAAGGUCAACUACAUAAUUAAAAUGGGGGAGACUAAAUUUAAAGAUUCCUCUCUGUGAUGUGGUUGGGUGUGGAAAGGGGAAGUUGGACCACACUUGCUCAAAAUUAUUAGUGGAUUACAUAGAAGUGAUAGAAAUAUAGUGGGGUUAGCUUCCUCCAUGUGUGUCUUAGACGUUCUCUUCCUGCCUCUCCAUUCCUGCUUUAUUUCUUUAAGGAAAAGUCUGUAUUUGCUGUCUUUUUAGUUCUUUUAAGUCUAGUGGAUUUACUCUGUAUGCAAUUGCCAUCAUUGGGGCGGGGGGAUCAGAAACAAUCUUGUUGAAGCUCAAAGAAUUUUUAGUAGGUUAACAGUGAUGAGACAUUUGAGAUAUUUUGAAUGCCAAAAUGCUUGAGAACUUUGCCAGAUUAAUACUUAAUAUAUUUUAGAAUGUAGGUUACCCAAGAAGUGGGAUGACCAGGAAUUGCUUUAUUCCUCCUGAGAACACUCGGAGAAAGGAAAACAUAGUUUGCUUCAGUGUCAUGGUUGGUGUGGAGUCACCGUGGAGCUGGUGUGUCCCACAGGCCUGCACUCAGCAAAGGUUAAGUUCAAGAGGGAGGAAGUCCUCUCUACUGGGUUCGUGGCAGAUAGUGUGGGCAGCAGCCACACGCCGUAAGAAUUCACCUCUGCUGAGCUGAUACUCUGUCUUGUUUACCGUAUUCUUGUGCUUCACCUGUAUUAAAAAGCGUUGUACUGCCUCUCCUCUUGAAACUGAUAAAACCUUCUAUAAGCCUCAGCUAAUGAGCUUGCACAAUCUUGUAUAUGUACAGGAAACUCCUCCUGUCUUCUAAUGUGAUGACUGAUGUAUGGUAUCGUUCUGUAAAGCUGAUUAAAAAGGGAGAGCAGUUGAAUUCACUGGAUUUUAUGUUUCCAUCAUCUAUUUUAUACGUAGAAGCAGUUCCGAAAGUUUCUUUGACUUCAAAUAUUACUAAUUUCUCCAUGAAUUCACACUUGUCUUUUUCUCCUGAACGUCUAAGGAUAUUUGUUAAGUGUGGUCCAGGAAGGAAUGAGCAUGAACUCACGGUUGCUAAGGCGAUGGUGAACAUUGACUGGUUUCACACGGUUUGUUUCUGACCCUUGUAUUUGGUAGCUACUCAUCAGCCUUAGUUCUGCGAACAGAAGUCCCCAUCACGGUAUUCACUGAAGCCUUUAUUAAUCUUUUCAGCUGAGGGGAGGUGCUAUCAGACAAGGAGUCCUUGUCACAAGCUCACUCUGCAGGCUUCCCUCACUGGUGGAAAGGUGCUUUCCCUAUAUUGAUUGCACUUCAUUUAGAAGGAGACAUUAAAAAUUUGAUUAGGGCUCCAUUUUCAUUCAGUCUGUUCAGUAUUAAAAUCAAUGCUAUCACUUGCCUAAAACUGAAAAUAGAAUUCAACUUUUCUUGCCAACUUGGCAUUACCUAUGUGCUUGGACUCCUGUUAUAUUUUACCCACUCAACCCCGGUCUCCCAGUAAGUGGCUCCGUAGCCUUUGCCGAAGGAUGCUGAGCUGUGUCACUGUUGAGCUAGGCCUCCCUGUAGUGCUGCCUGUAAAAUGUGUCACGAUCCUGAGAAGUGAGAUCAUUUCUCAGAAGCGCUUCUUGGCUAUAAAUGUGUCCUCUGCCUAGAGAUGUAAGGAUUCAUUAAAGAGCUUUUGCUUCAGUCAUUUCAUUCCAGAAGAAUCCUUUUCCAUCUUCUUGGGGUACCAAAAUGCAGUACAUAGACUUCAAAAAAAAAAAAAAAAUUGACCAAAGAGACCAGAAAAAUCUCUGGCUGUGGGGAUCCUGAAAACAUCUUCCACAUGUGGGAAUAGCUCUCAGUUCCAAGUCAUUGAACCUGUUGUAGAUGCUGAACAUGAAAACCACAGUAGACUUAUUUCUGUUAACUAGGAAUUCAGCAUAUUGCUGGCCGAAACCAUUAAAUUUUAUGUUCCUGUGAAAA